AUGGCAUUUCUCCUGGUUUGGUGCGUCGCUCUGCUCUCCCAGCCUCUGUGCGUAUUGGCGCAAGGCGACAGUGGAAUGGUGGUACCCGAACACGGAUUUUGUCAACCUAUUUCCAUCCCUCUGUGCACGGACAUCGCGUAUAACCAAACCAUAAUGCCCAAUCUGGUGGGACAUACCAACCAAGAGGACGCGGGCUUGGAGGUGCACCAGUUCUACCCGCUGGUGAAAGUGCAAUGCUCUCCGGAGUUAAAGUUUUUCCUCUGCUCCAUGUACGCGCCUGUAUGCACUGUUCUGGAGAAGGCUAUCCCCCCAUGCAGGUCCAUAUGCGAGCGUGCCAAGCAGGGGUGCGAGGCUCUCAUGAAUAAGUUUGGAUUCCAGUGGCCCGAUCGUCUGCGCUGCGAGAACUUCCCAGUGUUAGGAGACGGGAAUAUCUGUGUGGGGCAGAACGACUCCUCUCCAGCCACGGUUCUGCCUGUCAUCGCUCCAAUCCCAGUGGAUCACAACAUAUUCCCCCCUCACGAGUUACCCUUCACCUGCCCCAACAGCCUGAAAGUCCCACCUUAUUUGAAUUACAAGUUUAUGGAUGCCAAUGACUGCGCUGCUGGUAUGAAGUGGGGUCACGAAGCUAUCGAAGCCAACUCGCAGUACUUUCACCUGGCUGCCUGGGCCGUUCCCGCCAUUAAGACGAUAAGUAUUUUAGCCAUGGGGCAAAUCGAAGGCGAUCUUCUCAGCGGGGUUUGCUACGUCAGUUCCAGCAAUCUCGACCCUCUUCGCGGGUUCGUAUUGGCGCCCCUGUUUAUCUACCUCUUCAUUGGAACUUCUUUUCUACUGGCCGGGUUUGUUUCGCUUUUCCGAAUCCGCACCAUCAUGAAACACGACGGGAGCAAGACGGAGAAGCUGGAGAGGUUAAUGGUGCGAAUUGGCGUCUUCAGCGUCCUCUACACGGUCCCAGCGACUAUCGUAAUCGCCUGCUUCUUCUACGAGCAAGCUUUCCGGCCGCAUUGGGAGAAAACGUAUCUAAGUCAGAAUUGUAGGUCUUUGGCGAUCCCGUGCCCACUUCACAGCGGGCCACGCAUGACUCCCGAUUUCACCGUUUACAUGAUCAAAUAUCUGAUGACUCUCAUUGUCGGGAUCACGUCCGGAUUCUGGAUUUGGUCCGGGAAGACUUUGCACUCCUGGCAUAGGUUUUACUCCAGGCUGACGAAUACGAAAAGUGGAGAGACAGCGGUGUGA